AUGAGCUUCUUUCUGGCUCUGUCUUUGGCCAAAGAGGCAGCAGAUCCUUUCUUCAGAGUGGGUUACAACAGUCUAGGCACAUUCGCCACCAUUAACCAGCUUCACUUUCAGGCGUAUUAUUUGGCUUCUCCAUUCCCAGUCAAAAAGGUUCCUACUCUGAGAGUAAUGACUUCCACAAACUUGCAGAGAAAUGGAGUAGUUGUUUCGCAACUCUUGAAAUUCCCAGUCCGUUCACUUGUGUUUGAGGGUAGAGAUACUUUAUCGGAUCUGUCCAGUGCAAUUGCUAAUUCCUGCAUACGCCUUCAGCACAACAACAUCCCCUUCAAUUGUUAUGCGGAGAAGCAAGCUCGGGGAGAAGUGAGCCAAGAACUUUUGGAAACUCAAGUAAAUCCCGUCGUCUGGGAGAUUGGUGGACACGUAGUGCUGAAGAGACGUGAGGACUUUGAAAAUGUGUCGGAGGACUAUGCAUGGAGACUCCUUGCGGAGGUUUCCCUAUCAGAGGAGAGUUUCCGAGAAGUGAAGGCUUAA